AAAAUUCAGUCGCCUACCACUGAAACCGAAAAAAGAAAAAAAAGCUUCAAAUUUUCAGGCGAUUAUGGCGAUAAGCCUACCAUGGCAUCCCUUAAACCCUACUAAAACCCUAAGUUUUGCUAACCGAACAGUAAAGGUAAACCUACCUAUUCGGCAAGUUAGUUAUGUACAUGCUUUCAGGCGGAGUGAUUUUGAUGGAUUCGCUAAACGAGUAAGAUCCGGUGAAGCAUGGAAAGAUGUGUGGAGGAAUGCUAAUGAUGGUUUUGAGCAGUUUUUAUAUGAAUCUAAGAAGACUGCGGAACGUAUUGAUAGGAGAUAUGAUGUGUCAAGGAAAGUAUCGGAUGUUGCACAGUCUGCUGCUGAUCGUGCUAGAGAAAUUGAUCGUGAUUUUGAGAUUACUCGAAAGUGGCGUACUUUUUCUCUUGAUUUUAGAUCAAAUUUGCCUAGGUAUAGGAAGCAGUUGAAUGAUUUUAUGGAUACCCCGCUGGGAAGAAGUGCUGUUACAAUAUUCUUUCUGUGGUUUGCUUUAUCGGGUUGGCUGUUUCGAAUUCUGAUAAUUGCAACAUGGGUUCUACCAUUUGCUGGACCUCUUCUUAUUGGGGUUGUUGCCAACAAUCUAGUCAUCAAGGGUCAGUGCCCAUCUUGUAGGAGACAAUUUAUCGGAAACAAGAAUUCAACAGUUCGCUGUGCCAACUGUGGAAAUGUUGUGUGGCAGCCGAAAGGAGGUGACUUCUUUUCUAGAGGCAGUCGAGGAGGUACCACUUCAAAAUCCCAACCAGAUAUUAUUGAUGUCGAGUUUGAAGAAAAAUAGGUGUACACUGGUAAGCAUACGAAAGAGUAGAAUGUUGUUUGAUGACAGGUAAAACCCGAAGGCUAUUCCCAUCCCUGUCGCCGGUGAUGCCAGUCAUCUGUCCUUUCUAUGAACACAGAAACAGUAGAAUGUUGUAUAAUGCUAUCAUUUUAUUUUUCACUUCUUCUCCCCCUUUCAAUGUAUUUAGUUUUUUGCUCUUUCCCUUUUAGUGAUCACAACUUUGGUUAGUUUGUGAAACUUUAAUAUAUACAUUUGGAAUGGAAACUAAAAUAGCUGCAUUCGACUAAUGA